GCUGUGAAAAUCAAGAAGCCGAUCAAGACCAAGUUCCGCAUGCCGGUGUUCAACUGGGUCGCCCUCAAACCCAACCAGAUCAAUGGGACGGUCUUCAACGAAAUAGAUGACGAAAGGAUCCUGGAGGAUUUAAAUGUGGAUGAAUUUGAAGAAAUAUUCAAAACAAAAGCUCAAGGUCCAGCCAUUGAUCUUACUUCAAGCAAGCAAAAGAUAACUCAGAAAGGGUCAAACAAAGUCACGUUACUGGAUGCCAACAGGGCCAAAAACCUUGCCAUUACUUUACGAAAAGCUGGAAAGACGGCAGAUGAAAUAUGCAAAGCUAUUCACGUGUUUGACCUAAAAACGUUGCCAGUGGAUUUUGUUGAAUGCCUCAUGCGAUUCCUGCCCACCGAAAACGAAGUGAAAGUUCUGCGGCUCUACGAGCGGGAGAGGAAACCCAUCGAGAACCUGUCCGACGAAGACCGGUUCAUGAUGCAGUUCAGCAAGAUUGAGAGGCUGAUGCAGAAGAUGACCAUCAUGGCGUUUAUAGGCAACUUUGCAGAAAGCAUCCAGAUGCUGACCCCGCAACUUCACGCAAUAAUAGCCGCAUCUGUCUCAAUAAAGUCAUCCCAAAAGCUUAAGAAAAUACUGGAGAUAAUCUUGGCUCUUGGAAACUACAUGAACAGCAGUAAACGAGGAGCUGUGUAUGGAUUUAAGCUGCAGAGUUUAGACCUGCUCCUAGAAACAAAGUCAACCGACCGAAAGCAGACUCUGCUGCACUAUAUUUCUAACGUGGUCAAGGAGAAGUACCAGCACGUAUCCCUCUUUUACAACGAACUUCAUUACGUGGAGAAGGCUGCCGCAGUCUCUCUUGAAAAUGUUCUCUUGGACGUGAAGGAGCUGCAGAGGGGCUUGGAUCUGACGAAGCGUGAGUACACCAUGCAUGACCACAACACGAUGCUGAAGGAGUUCAUUCAGAACAACGAAGGGAAGCUAAAGAAACUGCAGGACGAUGCCAAAAUAGCCCAGGAUGCCUUUGAUGAUGCUGUGAAGUACUUUGGGGAGAAUCCCAAGACGACACCCCCCUCAGUCUUUUUCCCAGUGUUUGUCCGGUUUGUGAAGGCCUACAAGCAAGCAGAAGAAGAGAAUGAGUUGAGAAAAAAGCAAGAGCAGGCCUUAAUGGAAAAACUUAUGGAGCAAGAAGCACUGAUGGAGCAACAGGACCAAAAGUCUCCUUCACAUAAAACAAAGAGACAGCAGCAAGAGCUGAUUGCAGAGCUCAGACGGCGGCAAGUCAAGGAUAACAGGCAUGUGUACGAAGGGAAGGAUGGUGCUAUUGAAGAUAUUAUAACAGCCCUAAAGAAGAAUAAUAUCACUAAAUUUCCAAAUGUUCACUCGAGGGUAAGGAUUUCUUCUAGCACACCGGUGGUGGAGGAUACACAGAGCUGGCAAGCAUCACUUUUUACUUAG